AUGAGAAAGGCAGGAACUAGGUUUUCAGUCUCUCCAUCUUGUUCAUUUGUUACUCUGGUUUUGCGGACGAAUUGUUACCUUACCGGCAAUUCAAUCAUCAAACUCCUUCCUCGUCCUUCAAUUUCCGCAUCCGCUUCUUCCUCUUCGCUUAGUGGCUCUGCCGGCGCUUUCCCGGAGCAGCUGUCGGAUACAGAGGAAAAGAAGAAGAAGACGGUGAAGAAAAAGAGGCAAACAGCUGGGAUUGAUCAAGAUGAAUUGCUUGAUCCCGAACAAUUAGCAGACCCAGACAGUUGUUUCUACGAGUUCAGAGGUGUGAAGAUACACCAUAAGCUGUAUGAAUCGCAAUCACAAGAGGGAAAUGGCUCUUCGCCGCAGAUUUCCUCUUCUGAUCCUAACAAGAAGCUUGGGUUUCCCAUCAUUUUGCCGCAUGGCUUUGGAGCUUCUUUGUUCUCAUGGAGCAGAGCGAUGAAGAGGUUGGGAGAGGCCACAUCUGCUCCUAAAGUUGUUGCCUUUGAUAGACCAGCCUUCGGAUUGACCUCCAGAGUGGAUCCUUCUUCUUCUUCCCUUAAGGCUGAGGAUUCCAAGCCAUUGAAUCCUUACUCCAUGGCGUUUGCUGUGCUUGCUACCUUGUACUUCAUCAAUUUUGUGAAGACUGACAAAGCAGUUUUAGUGGGGCAUUCCGCUGGUUCUCUUGUAGCAGUCAAUACCUACUUUGAGGCUCCCGAUCGUGUAGCCGCUCUGAUCCUUGUUGCCCCUGCAAUAUUUGCUCCCAAUCCAAGCCCAAAAGUUUCCAAAACAGAAGGGGAUGAAGAGGAUAAAUCAGAUUCUAAAGAUGGGCUCAGAAAUCCAUUCAUUGUGCUGCUAAAGAAGUUGUCUCGGCUUGCUGCGUCUAUAGCUCAGGCCACACUGAAGCUAUUGAAUGGUAUGAUGAGCAUGCUUGACUCCCUUAUACAAGAAAGCAUUGUCUCCCCUUCUGUGCUCUGCCCUGGGCUUUAA